CUCAAAAAAAUCGUCUGUGGCUGUAUCAUUUCAUCGGAUAAACUUUCGGAAGCGAUUACGCUGUUACUAAAAUUGGGUGUCCAGUCGUCAGCGGUAUACAGUGAUUUUUUGGCCAGUUGUCGGCGAAAUUUGAAUGAUCAGCUUUCGACGAUACAGUCACAAAAACAGGAGGCUGUCGAUGUUCUGGAAUUUGUGGAUAAUUGUUGUAGCGCGUUUUUAGCCGAUUUGUCACUGGUUACUGCGCUCAGUCAACGGUUCUUUCCAAAUCAGGCUCGCUCAGUAGAGGAAGUCAACAGCACCUCAGUGAUAGAAACGCCGUAUCAAGGAUCACUGAACACUUCAACAUUGAACUUUUGUUUAUGUUUACGCGAAUAA